AUGGGACUGUUGGCCUUUGACCUCGCCAUAACCCUCUACAGCAUAUGGGCUAAGAUCCCUGGCACCGUCCUACCAAUCUAUAAUGAGGCUUUCCUUGUUGCCUUCACCGAGCUGAUUGUUCUCAUUCAGCCCAUGCAGAUCUUACUUUCUGUGUAUCCUGCCGAAGAGUUUGCAAUAUGCAACAUACCCCAGAACAUCUCUGACCGGAGCGUCUGCAAGUGGGCUGCGGGCCUCUUUGGACUGCAAGAAACAGACUUUCCCAGCCUCUAA